AUGGCCCCUCAGCCAUAUCCCUCCUCGUUGAUAAUCCCAGUGUUCAUAAUUCUACGCUGUGUGAGGUAUUCCGAUCGCAUCUUCAUCGGAAACAUCAACCAGCCAGAGUAACACGAAAGUCAUCGACGCCCUUGCUAAUCUAAUAUACUUUAAAGUUCGCCAUCAUGGCCGCAGCAAACAAUGCCGGCACUCCCGCGCUCGUCGUAGACGAGGAGCAAGAUGACUCUCGUUCAGAGAUAGGAAGCAGCAUCGCUUCGUCAAGCACUAGUCUCCGUGACUCUAUUAUGGAUUACCGUAUUGAGAAUGGCCGGACCUAUCACCGAUACAAAGACGGAAAAUACACGGUGCCCAAUGAUGAGCGGGAAAUGGAAAGACUAGACUUGCAAGAUGAGCUCUGGGCUAUUUCUCUCGACUUCGCUUCUGGAAUUGCUCCGCCUUGCAAAUUAGGUGCAGAGGUUGGUAGAGUUCUCGAUGUCGGCACCGGCAGCGGUAUUUGGGCGAUUGCCUACGCAGACGAACACCCUGACGCUGAGGUCAUUGGCAUUGACCUCUCCCCGACUCUCCCUGACUACGUGCCUCCAAAUGUUAAGUUCGAGAUCGACGACGUCGAGGAGGAGUGGACGUGGUCCCGGCCGUUUGACUACAUCCACAGCAGAGUCAUGACCGGGAGCAUUAGCGAUUGGGAUCUUUACCUCCGCAGAUGUUACGAUAAUCUCACGCCUGGCGGAUGGGUCGAACUACAGGAACUCGACAUCUUCACCACGUCCGAUGACGGCACCCUCAAGGCCGACUCUGCAACACGGAGAUGGAGCACGUUGCUCACAGAGGCAACCGAAAAGCUUGGGCGCCCUUACAUCGACCCUAAAGACCUUGUACACAACGUGACAAAUGCUGGCUUCGUCGACGUUUCUAUCACAACGUACAAAUGGCCUCUCAACGACUGGCCCAAGGAUGAGAAGUACAAGCAGAUUGGAAGACUGCAUUACGAGAACUCGACGACUGGCCUCGAGGGAUUCACCAUGGCCGCUUUGACGCGCGCUCUUGACUGGAGCCCUGAGGAGGUUACCGUCUUCCUCAUGGAAGUACGGAACGAAGUCAAGAAUAGGAUGAUUCAUGGAUACACUCCAACUUACUGCAUCAUCGGGCGCAAGCCGGAGAAGAAUGACACUCCUGCUCCCCCGGCUCCGGCGUCCCCGGAGGCUCCUGCUUCUCCCUCAGCCCAACCGUCAGCUCCGGCUACGUCUUGAGGCAGAGCACACAUAGGAAAGUAUGAGUGCUCAAUAGUGAGA